AUGGCGCCACAGAUGUUAGCGACGAUGCUUGUGGCCGUAUCGUGGAGCACCGUGUCGGGCCAGCUGAGGGGUCUGUCGGCACAGAAGAACGAAACCAACGCCACAGACCAGAAUACUCUCCGCUCAGCGUGGGGAAGUUGCCAAAAGUACGGCUGCCCUUCGACAUACAUUCAGAGUCAAGCGUGCCAGUGCAACAGCCGAUGCCAGGACUACCACAACUGCUGCUCGGACAUCACCAGCUGCAGUGUUGGAGCACCACCUGUUGCUGCACCCUCGGCCGGCGAGUUCGACAGCCCACUGGAUUUGGACAGCGAUCCAAUCUGGACCUGGUCGGACGGUGGUCUCUUCGAAGGCGACGUGCGCUUCGUGAAGCAGCAGAUCCGUUUCGAGGACGGCAAGAUGAAGAUCAGUGCCACGAAGAACCCCGGCUAUUCCACGCAGGCCUGCUCACAUGCCGAGGUGGGAACUGUUGAUCACAAGCCGCUGGUGAGCGGCGAGUUCCGCUCUCGAAGAAACAUCUUCCGCUACGGGCGCUACGAGGUGCGCAUGAAGGCUCCAGAUGUGCAGCCCGGGAAUCCGGAUGUGGACGGGAACUUUGUCGCCACCAUGUUCAUCUUCCGCGAUGCCAAGUUCCGUCACUGGCGGGAGAUUGACAUCGAGGUCACAGGUGACUCACCCAACUCCGUGACGACCAACGUGCUCCGUGCCGACAACACCGAGUUUUGGAGACCGCAGAUCGCUUCGGUCAGAGAGACCAACGUACAAGGCAACGCACGUGCCGAAUUCCACACCUACGGCUUCGAGUGGCUGCCCGAUCGCAUCACCUGGUACAUCGACGGUGUUCCCGUGAGGAGCCACUACGGCGGCAACCCACCGAUUCCGGACAAGUCGGCCAAGGUCAUGAUGAACUUGUGGAUCUUUGGCCCAAAGGCCAACUUCGGAGGAAGGCAGAUCGACAACAAUCGCUACCCCAUGACCAGUGAGUACGACUGGUUCCGCUUCUACAAGUGGGACGGUGA